AUGUCGGACGACGAAGAUUCACAGAACAGCGCGGACCGGAUGGUGAACGUCGACCCUAAUGUCCCGGAAGAAGCCACUUUGCUGAGCCCAGUGCAGACGCCGCGCAUGACAUCAAAAACGAUGGGAUCUUCGUCAAACGGGCAGCAAGGUCAGUUCCACUCAAUUAGAACUAGCAGUUCAAGCAGUGGCGAAUCAGAAUUGUCUUUGCAAAGCGAGUUGAGCACAGCACGCCUCAUGAACAAGUACAUGCGAGCGGCUGCUAUACCUGAUGUCAAACCAUUCGCAAAUCGCAAAUUAGAAAAGUUAAAAUACCCAGAGACAACAUGGCGAGAUAGUGAAAGGCGUGAUAUCUUGGUAGGCCUAUUAGAGGGGGAAGCAAAAAUGCACUAUAAAACCCUCCCAAAGGAUGCCCAAAACGGGUCGUUACAAACGUUAAUAGAAGGAAUGAAGAGAAGGCUGAAAGUAGACGGGCCGGAAGAGCAACCCAAAUUCUGCCUAGAGUUGGAAACGUUAUCGUGUAAAGCGUAA